AGUGAGUCACAACGUUGCUGCGAGCGCGUAAAGUGAAAGAAGAAGAAAAAGAACCAAACAGCACGACUGCUUUGGAGGAAUUAGAAAAAGUGAACGAAAAGCUACAUAUUUAGCAUAAAUUGCAACUGGAAUGAUGGACACUUAAAAGUUGAACUGACGUUGGAUAUUUAAAGGCGAGGAUGAAGGUCAAGAUCAAGAAGUGGAACGGAGUGGCUUCGUGGUUGUGGGUUGCCAAUGAUGAGAACUGUGGCAUCUGCAGGCUGGCUUUCAAUGGAUGCUGCCCAGACUGUAAGGUCCCUGGGGACGACUGCCCGCUGGUCUGGGGUCAGUGCUCCCACUGUUUCCACAUGCACUGCAUCUUGAAGUGGCUCAACUCCCAACAGGUCCAGCAGCAGUGCCCCAUGUGUCGGCAGGAGUGGAAGUUUAAAGAAUGAGCGCCAUAUGGAAACUUGAAAAAUGAUUUUUUUUUUCCCCAUUCAUCAGGUCUGUAAAUGUUUUUUUUUACCUGUACAGUGAGUUUAAAAAAAAAUAAAAAUGAUCACGAUUGGUAAUAAAAAUACAAAUUCA